UCAAAGAUUUCAUGUUUGCUGUGUGACUUCUGUGGUGAAGAGACCGUAAACAAGCAGAAGGGAGAAGAAGGGCAGAAGCAAACAAAAGGGGAAGAAGAGACUCUUGUGUCAGCUCUGGGGGCUGGAGACAUCAAACCUAGGGAAGUUAUCAUACCCCUCUGUUAAGCUGAAGACAUCUGCAGACCAGAAGAAGAGUGUUCUGUAGCACACGCAAACAUCAACAUUCAAACCACAGGUUUGAAGUUGAUCCAGGAUGCAGUCCUACCUCGCUCUGCUGCUGGGGAUUGUGGCCUCUGCUGCUUCAGCGGAAUGGAGGCCUCCGGUGAUCAAGUUCAACUCCAAGGUGGUGGGGAGUUCAGAGGUGGUGGUCAGCCCUGGGACCGCUCUGUAUCUGAGAUGUGAGGGUGAUGGGCCUGUAAACUGGCAAACAAGGCUAGCCAAACACAGACGCUUCGUGUCCAAGGGCAACGGGAACGUCCGCACCUUAAAGGUGGAACGUCCUUCUGCAGAAUUCACUGGAACAUACAAGUGUUUUUACACUGCUGGGUCACAGCAUCGUGAUCUGAUUUCCUCAGUGCAUGUGUAUGUAAAAGAUCCAAACCGUGUGUUCUGGACCAGCAGCACGUCGCUGCGAGUGGUGAAGAAGGAGGGUGAGGACUACCUGCUGCCAUGCCUGCUGACCGACCCAGAAGCCACAGACCUGGGCCUCCGCAUGGACAACGGCACCACAGUGCCGCCAGGGAUGAACUUCACAGUUUACCGGCACCGUGGUAUUCUCAUCCACAGUCUCCAACCCACCUUCAAUGCUGACUAUGUCUGCACAGCCAAGGUCAACGGAGUGGAGCGGAUCUCCAAGGCCUUUUCCAUCAACGUCAUUCAGAAGCUUCGUUUCCCUCCAUAUGUCUUCUUGGAAACAGAUGAAUAUGUGCGCAUUGUUGGGGAGGAACUCAAGAUUCGCUGCACAACACACAACCCCAACUUCAACUACAAUGUCACCUGGAAAUACACCACCAAGUCGAAAGCAACAAUAGAGGAGAGAGUUCGCUCCAGUGGAGAAAAUCGCCUGGACAUACAGAGCAUACUGACAAUAUCUGCUGUGGACCUUGCAGACACAGGAAACAUUUCCUGCAUUGGCACUAAUGAAGCCGGGGUGAACAGUUCAACCACAUACCUGCUGGUUGUAGACAAGCCGUACAUCAGGCUGUUACCCCAGCUGUCCCCUAAACUGGCCCACCAAGGUCUUUCAGUCGAGGUGAACGAGGGGGAAGAUCUGGAGCUCAGUGUGCUCAUCGAAGCGUACCCUCACAUUACGGAGCACAGAUGGUAUACCCCAACGUCUCCCAACACGUCCACACAGGAGCAAAAGCUCAUCAGAUACAACAACAGAUACCACGCUACUCUGCAGCUGAAGAGAAUGAAUGCACAGGAGCAGGGGCAAUACACCUUCUAUGCCAAGAGCGACUUAGCCAAUGCAUCCAUCACAUUCCAAGUCCAAAUGUAUCAGAGACCUGUUGCUGUGGUCAGAUGGGAAAACAUAACCACACUCACUUGCACCUCAUUUGGCUACCCUGCUCCCAGAAUCAUCUGGUACCAGUGUUUUGGGAUACGGCCAACGUGCAAUGAAAACACCUCAGGGCUGCAGAUGGCGAUCCCUCUCCAGGCUCCUACAGUGGAGGUCCAGAGGGAGGAGUAUGGAGCCGUGGAGGUGGAGAGCGUCCUCACCGUGGGGCCGUCCAGCCGGAGGAUGACGGUGGAGUGUGUGGCCUUCAACCUUGUCGGAGUCAGCAGUGACACUUUUGCCAUGGAAGUUUCUGACAAGCUCUUCACUUCCACCUUGACUGGAGCAGCAGGCAUUCUGGCCAUCUUCCUUGUGCUACUGGUUUUUCUGUUUUACAAAUAUAAGCAGAAACCCAGGUAUGAGAUCCGUUGGCAGAUCAUUGAGGCAAGAGAUGGAAACAACUACACCUUCAUUGACCCCACUCAGCUGCCUUACAAUGAGAAGUGGGAGUUCCCAAGAGACAAGCUGAAGCUAGGGAAGAUCCUGGGUGCAGGAGCUUUUGGAAAGGUUGUUGAGGCCACAGCCUAUGGUCUGGGAAAGGAAGACAAUGCAAUGCGUGUAGCUGUGAAAAUGUUAAAAGCCAGUGCCCAUUCAGAUGAGAGGGAAGCUCUGAUGUCGGAACUGAAGAUCCUGAGCCACCUGGGACACCACAAGAACAUUGUCAAUCUACUGGGAGCCUGCACCUAUGGAGGACCAGUGCUUGUGAUCACAGAGUACUGCAGCCUUGGCGACCUCCUGAACUUCCUUCGCCAGAAGGCAGAGACAUUUGUGAACUUUGUUAUAAACAUUUCCGACAUUAUGGAGAACUCAAAUGACUACAAGAACAUCUGCGGUCAGAAACAGUUCAUUAGAAGUGACAGUGGGAUCUCCAGUACAUUCUCAAGCAGUUACUUGGAGAUGAGACCCAGCCAACUGCCAAAUAAUGAAUCAUCUCGAGACUCUGUGUGUGAGGAGACUGGUGACUGGCCGCUGGAUAUUGAUGAUUUGCUGAGGUUUUCCUUUCAAGUGGCUCAAGGCCUUGACUUUCUGGCUGCCAAAAACUGUAUUCACAGAGAUGUGGCUGCUAGAAAUGUCCUCUUGACCAACUGCAGAGUGGCCAAGAUUUGUGACUUUGGCCUGGCACGUGACAUCAUGAAUGACUCCAACUACGUGGUGAAGGGCAAUGCACGUCUGCCAGUGAAGUGGAUGGCUCCAGAGAGUAUCUUUGACUGUGUCUACACUGUCCAGAGUGAUGUCUGGUCCUACGGCAUCCUCCUGUGGGAGAUUUUCUCUUUAGGCAAGAGCCCCUACCCCAGCAUGGCUGUGGACUCCAGGUUCUACAAGAUGGUGAAGCGUGGCUACCAGAUGUCUCAACCAGACUUUGCCCCGCCUGAGAUCUAUAUGAUCAUGAAGAUGUGCUGGAAUCUGGAGCCUACAGAGCGUCCAACGUUUAGCAAGAUCGCUCAGAUGAUAGAAAAACUGCUUGGGGACCAACCUGAGCAGGAGCAGCUAAUCUACCAGAAUGUGCAGCAGCAGGUCACAGAGGGUGAAGUGUAUGACGAGCCCAAGGGCUGCGAUGGCCCCUGUGACCAGUCUUGUGACCAUGAGGAAGAGGAGCAGCCUCUGAUGAACACCAACAACUACCAGUUUUGUUGAAAGCCCUAACCGCCAGUCAAUCAGCAAACCCAUCACUCAUCAACAAGCAUCAGCAAAGUGGGAUCAGCUGUAGUUCGUGGCCAGGGUACCACAGUUUGUUCUAACAGCUGCAGAGAGUCGCCUUUACAGCUAUUUUUUUGCCUGUCUUGCUUGCUCGCCAGACAGACAAGCAGCUGCAGCAAGCAUGUGACUUGCUUCGUUGCAGACCAUGACUAGAAAUUGCCACGUCUAACACUGACUGCAGACAUGAAAGGAGGAAACGUGUCAACAAACCACACAAGCAUCCAAAGCUGUAUCUUAUUUUAAAUGUUACUCCCUCACGGACUGUUUAUCACUCCUUCUGUUGUGUAUUUAAGGUAUAAUCUGUUACAGCUCAUCCAAAGGAGAAUCUGUUUAUCCCUUCCUCUACAAUUAUUACUCUUUUUUUAUUACUGACCCAUGAGAGUGAAUGUCUUGUUUUUGUGGAGAUUUCAGUCACUUUUGUCAGCAGGUUCACUUCCUUUUCAUCAUUUUAUUGCAUGUAUGGUUUCUCAGAGGAAGCAACCCAACUUAAUUGAACAUCUAAACAGCGCAAGUGUUUUUCCCUGGUUUAAACACGCUAAAUCGACUGUGGAGAAGGCAAAGAAUGGCCGUGUUGUUUUCCUCACUGUGCUUUGGUCAUAGCUGCAUUUCUUGUGACUUACAGUAGCUGUCAGUUGGUGGCAACAUGUGAUUGUUCCAUGUCAAUCUAAUUAAUUAACCAGUGUUCAGUGUGAUUUCGGAGCAGGGAAGACAAUUGAACCGAGCAGGGAAAUCUGUGGAUCCAUUAGGGAUCAGAUGAACAAUGGUUCAUGUUUGACAAUGUGAAAGUUAUUUUUUUUUUGCGUGGCACAACAAUCUUCUCAUUUCCUGUAGUUAGACAAGUGUUAGGAUGUAAGCUUCACCCAUGUCUAUAUGUAGCCAAUGUCAGCCUUCACUGCCAACUGUAUGAAGAUUUUAGAAUAACAUAUAAGCUAUGUAAGAGAUACAGACUGCAAAUUUGUGACUUCAGGCAUUCCAAAUGUGCUUUCACCUGAGUGAAACACGAGUGAGAUGUCUAAUAUUGUAUAUAUCUCAUGAUGUAAAUCAAGAAUUAUCUUUAUUUUCGCUGAAUAAUGUUGUAGAGUAGAUAGUAAUACAUCAAUACUUCAUAUAUAUAUGUAUAUAUAUAUAUAUAUAUAUAUAUAUAUAUUGUGUUUUUUGUGCGUGUGCAAAUGAGACAAUCAAUGCAAAAGCUGCCAAUUAAAUUAAUUAAAAACUGCAGAGGUGUUGAAUGAAGCUUUACCAUUGAAACUCCAGAUUCCAAUGUAAAGUUUAUAUAUACUGCUAGAUUAUGCUGUGGUGCCAGAUAUUUCUAAGACACGUUUUUCUUUGUUGUACCUCACUGUGCUCAUAGAAACUGCACUGCCUUCUUCUCUCCUCACUUCCUGUUUUUUUACUGGAUAACGUCCAAUCUGCAUUUCCUCUGGAAUAUGUCAACAUUGCACAACUCUGAAAUCUUUGUAGGGAAGUAUUCAUCCCACCACUGAGUCUUUGUGUGGUUUCAUCUAAAAUCAGAUUUCUUUUUUUGAAGUAGCUCACCACUUUCAGACUCUUGUUUUUACUUUAUGAGUUGCCAGACCUUCUGAAGUACAUUUUGAAUAAUAGUCUUUGUUCGGUUGUUCAUCAAGAAACUGAGAUAUUACUGAGUUUGAGUAAAGCAUAAUAAUCUCCAGUGCUUUUGUUGCUCUGCCAGAGUCCUACUUUUCUUUUUCCUUCAGUUGUUCUGUGUAAACUUCCUGUUUCAGAGACACCUCAGAUUUAAUAUCUUCUUAUAACUGUUUUUGUCCAAAAAAGAUCACUUGUCAUUUUAAUGAUCUUAUUAGCAACAGCACAAACAAACAUUCCUGUGCUUUGUGUUUAUGUUUCUCCUCAAUAAGCUUUUUGUUAUCAUUUAAAACAUUUUGUUUUUUCAGGUACAUAAAGCAUAAAUAAUGGGCUCAAUUGUACUACUACACAAUAAGUGUAAUUUUAAACUGUAUAAUGUCUGUGUUGUGUUUGUCGUUAACCUUCAUUAGACUGACUUAAGGCCAGAGUACAGGUCUAGGUGGCGGUAAACAUACAGCACUAUUUAAAACUAAUUUUGCAUGCAAAACUUUAUUCUGCAAAGAAUAUUUCUCUUUGAAACAGUGGAGUCAAUGUCCCCUGAGACCUUUAUACACCAUUCCUGUAAAUCCACAAUCCUGGUGACUUUGCUUGAGGGAAAAACCUGACAAUUAGAAGCGUUGUGAUGUUAAAAAUGGGAUUACAGGAAGUCCAAGCUAAAAAACAACAACCAAAAAACAAACAAACCAUGAAAUCAUAAAAUAUAGAAGGAGUUGGAUUUAAGUGUGUAUCUUUACACGAAUACAUUAGCCAGCAGAACUACAUGUAGGUUAUGAAUCAAUGAAAAUGAUUUUAUAUUCUUAUCUUAUUCAACAUCAGCAGUUUGCUAAUGAAUAACAAACACUCCUGUUAAUUAAACUACGUAGACAACACUG